AUGCCUGAAUGUUGGUUUUAUUCAAGAUAUGGCGAGUGUAGUAAUGAGGAUUGCAUGUAUUUACAUAUUGAUCCUGAAACUAAAAUUAAAGAAUGUGCUUGGUAUGCUAGGGGAUUUUGUAAACAUGGACCACAUUGUAGACAUAAACAUGUUAGGAAAGUUGUAUGUCAAUUAUAUUUAAGUGGAUUUUGUCCUAAAGGAUCUGAAUGCCCUAAUGGACAUCCAAAAUAUGAAUUACCAUCUUCUCAACCAUUAACAAUACCCUAA